UCGCCUCUUCCCGCGUGAGACAGAACCAGUAAAGUCUCCGCUAUCGAUUCGUCAGUCUUCAGUUUCGCCCCAUUAGUGGACGAUUCAGCCCAGAACUCUCGCAAGGCCAUACGUUUAGUAAAUUAAGAAGAAAAAUCUCAUUUUUUUUCACUGUUUUGUGUUUUCCCUUUCCUUUGUCGCAUCCUCCUUAUCAAGACUUUAUUUUUUUUUUGAAUUAGUCCUAAUUCAACCAGUAUACAUUUCCAUCAUUCCAUUAGUUAGGCUCCUAUGGUUUCUUAAUCGCCCCCUUUGAUAGAAAAAAGAUGCCUUUCAAAUCGAUUCUAUGCUCUAAUCCUAACUGGAUUCUUAGUAUUUUGGCGCUCUUUACUUGUUUAUCUGGCCUCUGCUGUGCGAGUGAUCAACUGGGAACUGGCGACAGCUUCACUGUUUCCAGCUUCAGCUACCCAGAGACUACUCUCAGGCCCUUUGAUUUGCGAUAUAUCAGAGUUGAUUUGCCGACAUGGUUUUCUGCAGUGUUCAUAGCAUUGAACUCAGAUGUAGACCUUGAUGUCACAAAAGUGGAAAAGGUUCCAAAAAGCAUGUUGCCGAUAGCAUGUUUUAGAGAUGGCAGCCCUCCGUUGCCAGAUGCCUCAAAUAUUUCCCUGAAAGAGUCGGCCAUCUCAGGAAUGAAUAAUCUUUAUGUGGAGCAGUGUUUUCCCAUGCAGAAAAAUAUUACUUUGAGAUUGACGAACGAGCAGAUAUCUCCAGGUGUUUGGUACAUUGGUCUAUUCAAUGGCAUUGGAGCUGCUAGGACACAGUCAAAGAUGAUUAUCCGAGGUCCAACUUACUCCUUUAGUGCCAAUGUAAGUGUCGAAGCAUGCACUAAUGUGAUGAUGAUGGGGGAGUUCUGCAACAGUACAGUCUAUCCUCUCUCGUGCACUGGGCCUGAUGUCUUUGAUACUUCUGACGGUGUGGCUCUCAAGCCAAUGGUCAAAAGUGUAAUGACAUGCAGAAAUAAUUUUGAAACUUUAUGUGUUCAGGAAGGUGGAGCAAAAGUCUACUCCUUGGAUAUAAUGAAUAUGGUGGAAGAGUUCAGCAUUACGGCCACAAAUGUCAGUUUCAAUUCCAAUGCAUCAACUAAUGAUGCAAACGAUGUUAAUUUAAUGUGUUUAGUUCGCCAUGGAGCAAUGCCUUCAGCAACUUUGCAUGAUUAUUCCAGUAAUUUAUAUAAAGCUCCCUUGACUAUACAAUCACCAUUGAUUGGUCGUUGGUACAUUGUCAUAUUACCACUUAAUCUUGCAAGAAAAAUUGGAGACUCUGCAGAUAGUGAUGUGAGAAUCUGCUAUUCAAUGGAAACACGAUUAUCUGAAUGCCCAUUUGGAAAAGCUGGGCCAAAUUGCACAAUGGCAAGCUACAAACUUCAGACGGUUCUAAGCAGAAGUAUAAGCCCCUUUGAAUCAUAUUAUUUACCAAUUGGUGGAGAAGUGUCCUCUGAUUCUGCCAAGUUUCCUCUUGAACCACUUUUAAGCGGCUCACCAAAUGGUGGGGAAGCAGACGGCAUAUGGACUUACUUUACUAUGGAUAUUCCUCGUGGUGCAGCUGGAGGAAAUAUCCAUGUACAUCUAUCCUCAAAUGCGAAGAUCGGUUAUGAAGUAUAUGCUAGAUUUGGUGGAUUACCAUCUAUUGAUAGCUGGGACUAUUAUUACGCAAACAAGUCAAGGAGGAGUGACCCAUCUAUGUUUUUCAUGCUAUAUGAUUCGAGAGAAGACAAAGUUGAUUUUUAUAUUAUUUACGCUAGAGAGGGGACUUGGGGAAUUGGUCUACGACACCUCAAUAUUAACAGUGAUUCUUCAAAGGGACAGACCUCCAUGUCUCUUUCACUUGAACGAUGUCCAAAUCAAUGCUCCUCUCAUGGAAGCUGUAAAUUUUCAUUUGAUGCUACUGGAUUGUCAUCAUACAGGUUUAUACGCUUUUGCUCCUGUGACCGAGACCAUGGAGGCUUUGAUUGUGGCAUUGAAUUAGUAUCACAUAAAGGGCAUAUAAGGCAAUCAAUUUUUCUCAUCGCAUCAAAUGCUGCAGCCAUACUUCCUGCUUUUUGGGCCCUUCGGCGGAAGGCAUGGGCAGAGUGGAUUAUAUACACAGCUAGUGGAAUUUCAAGUGGAUUAUAUCAUGCUUGUGAUGUUGGCACCUGGUGUGCAUUAAACUAUAAUGCCUUACAGUUCAUGGACUUCUGGCUCUCUUUCAUGGCUGUGGUUAGCACUUUUGUAUACCUAGCUACCAUUAGUGAGGCGUUUAAGAGGGCAAUUCAUACUGGUGUGGCCAUCCUUACGGCUCUCAUGGCUGUCACAAAGGCAACCAGAUCUUCCAAUAUCAUUCUUGUGAUAGUAAUUGGGACUCUUGGCCUUCUUAUUGGAUGGUUGAUAGAGCUCUCAGCAAAGUAUAGGUCCCUUUCCUUUUCAUUUGGAGUCCCAUCGAAUUUCCGUCAGAGCUUGCAAGCUAUAAAGCAAUGGCUCUAUAAUCUUGUCAAGACACUUCUGAGACGGUUCCGGUGGGGUUUUGUGCUGGCCGGUUUCGCGGCACUGGCCAUGGCAGCAACAAGCUGGACACUUGAAACCAGUGAGACCUACUGGUUUUGGCAUAGUUGGUGGCAUAUUACAAUAUAUACUUCUUCCUUCUUCUUCCUUUGUUCAAAAGUAAAUGUUGUUGAUAGUGACGAGAAUCAGCUGCCGCCUUCAAGUGGAAACUAUGCGCUGACUCGUCAGGAUUCGUUUUCAAGAGGCGUUUAGAAGGAUUUCUAUACAAUAAUCGAUUGUAAAUAAAGAGGGUUAGGAUUUGGCAGGGCUUUAAUCGUGUGAUAUAGUGAGCUCAUGUCACCAUGUGUAAGUAACAGUGAAAUACGAGAUAGCGAAGUCAAAUAUAUGGUUGCCGACUUAUAUGAAAGAUCAUAGUACUAGCCGCUAGGAGGUGAAUUGUUAGGCUAAAGCUGAAGUGAAAAACCUAUCAAGCAACGCAGUGUCUUGUAAAUCAGCCCAAAGGGCGAUAAUAUUUAUUUUUCUUGGCAAUUUGAUUUGAAA